AUGCUGUCCGUAGCAUCGCUACUCAAUCCUGCGAAGUCAGAACCGCGAAGCACUCGAUUACCAUCAAGUCCUCCAUCAUCGCUGUGCACAUCAUCGCCCUCUUAUGGACAUCCUCUCUUGCCCAUUCAAUCCUCAUUCAUCAAGAAACAAAAGAUGACUAAGGACGGUGCAGUUUUCGCCAAGGGUACUAAGAUUAAGGGCGAUGUAAACUUUCCACCGUUUGAACACCUGAGCGAAGAGACUAUGCGGGAAGUCCAAAAAUUCCAUGUGUAUCCACUUGGUAAGAUUCAGGAUUACUGCCGCCAUAUUCCUUAUAACAGCGAGAAAAAAAACUUUUUGGAAAAGACUGGUCGGGAGAGCUUCGAAGUAUUUCAGUACGUAUUCAAAGUGCCUGGUGAUGACAAGGAUUACACUGUUAUGUGGGAUUAUAAUGUCGGGCUUGUUCGCAUCACUCCUUUCUUCAAAUGUUGCAAAUACUCUAAGACAACUCCGGCGAAGAUGCUUGGCUUGAACCCAGGCCUGAAGGAAAUCACGCACAGCAUCACUGGUGGCGCUCUAGCAGCACAGGGUUACUGGAUGCCAUACUCCUGCGCCCUCGCCGUUUGCACGACUUUCUGCUCGCAUAUCGCUCCAGCUCUUAUCCCCAUCUUUGGUCCCUCCUUCCCUUCUCAGUGCGUCGUACCCGACGCUCCAGAACACGGCCGUAUGAUCAUCGACCCCCACAUCAUCCAUACUGCCACUGCGGAAGCCGAAUCUUAUCGUCUCCAAUACACAUCCCUCACCCCCAAAUCAUCAGCCAGCGUUACACCCCGCGAUUCUGCCAGUCCUCAACAACAAAGCUCCAAUUACAUGGUACGCACAAAUACUAUGACGCCGCCUGCAAGUUCAAGCAGUCAUCUCGAGCGAAGACUAAGACUCAAGAGAACGUACGGUGGUGAAAGCCCAUAUGCGGAGAGUAGCACUGAUCACGAUGCUACGAGCGAGACAUCCAGUGGUGAUGCUGCGUACUUUUGUUCGCCAGUAACACCAACAUCUGGUCUCCCCGUUACGAAUUGGGGAAUCCAUACACGAUCGCAUCUUCCUAGUGGUCCUUCGCAUUCCUUGUCUGCUGCGAUGAAUCAUCAUCAGCAUCAGAAUAUGAAUUCUCAUUCUUCCAACUCGGGAAUCAGUAUGGGGAUGGGGAGUCACGGAUAUGGCCACGCUUAUAAUCAUGCACAUACGCAUAAUCGUAAGUUGAUGAAUACACACAUGGGUGUAAAUGGCGCCAUGAUCGUUGGGCCCACCGGUACAAAUCCAUGGCUAAGUGCUAUCCCACGAAGCAUAGGUGGGCUAGCCGACAUGACAGCUGGAUGGAGAGCUAAGCGAUGCGCAGAAGAACUGGAAGAAAGUGUUUCUGAUGAAAAAGAACAAGAAAGACAAAGAGUAAAAGAAAGAGAAAUCCAGCGUCCCCAUCCUUCAGACGAAGAAUACGACGGCGAAGAAAGCGCCAGUCCAACUGGUGAUGAAAAGAGUCCCAGCCGCGACGGCAAAGCCGUUACACUUGACACACCCUUCGCCACCGGCACAAACUUGGCUUCAGAGCAAAACCAAAGUAACACUGAAGCCCACCAUCAAGUACCUCAAGACAAAUCAACAGUCGCAGCAGGCGAUGAAAAGAAAGCAGCAUGGCUCUUGAUGAAACUCAGUGUUAAAGAUGGGCAAGUCGGCGCUGCAUCACCUAUACCCCUCUUACCUAGUGUAUCUGCACUUGGUACACCAAUGAUGGGGAGUUCGAGGUGGUGUAAAGAUGAAGUGAAUGGUGAUGGGCCUAGGGUUAAGAGGAGGAGAGCUCUUAGUAUGUGA